UAUUGAUAAGCAGCCAUCCCUAGUUAGCAGAGGAAAAUAAGAACUAAGGUUCAAGUACAUCAUUAGCAGUGGCCUCCUAAUCUUGUUCUAUCAGGUUUUCUGGAGGUUACCCUCGCUCUAACCAAAGCCAUGGCCUCCAAGCAGAUGGUGCAUAUGAACCAAGGACAAGGGGAAAGAAGUUAUGCUCGCAACUCUGGUAUUCAGAACGCUCAGCAGAACAGGAUGAAGCUCCUGAUAGAAAGAGCCAUCAUAGACUUAUGCAGCUGCAGCAGCAGCAGCACCUUGUUACCAGCUGACAAGAUGGUGAUCACGGACUUGGGCUGCUCCUCUGGCCCAAACGCGCUGGCACUGGUGUCGGUCGCUGUCGAGGCAAUCCAUGGUUACUGUCUUCAGUUCCAGCUGCCACCACCGGAACUGUGUGUGUUCCUCAACGACCUGCCUGACAACGACUUCAACACGGUGGUGAAGAGCCUCGCCACACUCCGUCGAACCAACGAACCUGUUGUUGUGACGGGUGUCGCACCGGGGUCGUUUUACGAGAGGCUCUUCACUAGUAGCUCCGUGCAUCUUGUGUGCUCCUCCAGUAGCCUGCACUGGCUCUCAAAGGCUCCUGAUGUUCUAACGAGGAACCAGAUCCCGGCUUACUACACCGAUGAGUAUGCUAGGCGUGAAAACCUCCCUAUGGUCCUUGAUGCCUAUGCACAACAGUUCAGGAAUGAUUUCAGACAUUUCCUGGGGCUGAGAGCCAAAGAAUUAGUUCCGGGAGGCCAGAUGGUUCUUUCCAUUAUAGGGAGGCAUUCCGAUGGCAUCGCCCGCUUUCACAUCUGGGACAUCCUUGCUCAGGUUCUAAGCCUUAUGGCCUCAGAGGGUGUAAUCGACAAGGUGAAGUUUGAUUCUUUCUACGUGCCAGUCUAUGGGCCUUCGAAGGAAGAUCUAAGGGAGGUCAUCCAAGAAGAGGGUUCCUUUUCGAUCAAGGAGAUUCUGGUGCACGACUUUUUAAGCGACCUGGACAGUGCACUCGUCACCCCGAGCUGGAUCGCGAACCAGAUAAGGGCCGUGUAUGAACAGAUAGUCGUGCAGCAUUUCGGAGAUGUGAUGGACGAGUUCGUGAGGAUCGCGGAGCGGCGCUGGAGCCUCCAGGACGGAGGCUUGCUCGAGGAAGAACAUGCCGGAUUAGCUAUGCUCACUCUGUCGGUCGCCAAGGCAUGAUGGAUUUAGAUGAUCGUACAUGGUCGGUGGUCUGACUGCUUUGCUUUUUCCAAAGGUACGCCACAUUUGAAUGAGACUGAUCCGUUGAUUUCUUCAAGGCGACAAUGUCAACAGUUUCCUUUGAAUUUUGUCUCGCCUUGGCGGCCGGUUUACAAGGCAACAAUGUCAAACACGUCCACGCUUCAUUAAUCGGUUUACAUAUUGGAGUGGGCUUUCUUGCGUCAUAUACCAUGUGAUUGCUUCUCUUCUGUGUUUACAGACUUUAUGCAUAUUUCUAUUAUUAUGUAAUUGAAGGGACCAUUUUAUAUAUUGUAAACAAUUUGUGGUUCAUUUGUCCAUGUACAUAUUCA